UUAAGCGCCGGCUCAGUCUGCCCUCCCAGUCGCAGGAGGCGCUGUCGGUCUUCCUAUUGCUUGCACAAGAUGCCCCUGCUCACUCAUUGGAGAAGGGUGGGAGGAAGGGGCGUAUCAAGGCUCCAAGGCCUGGAGACGGCGGGUCCUGAAGGCUGAUCCUGGACUGGGGGAGGGGAGGCAGCUUAAGCGAAAGGUGAUAGUGACCGCUCUCCAGUUAGUCGCUUCGAGUAGUGCAGGGGCGGGGAGGGCGGCAGGAGGCUACCCUCCAGCUAGUUACCCUCUGGGGCCACGUGAUUAGACAGGUCCCGCCCUCACACUACCCCCAGCCAGGUGUUCCAGUCCCGACCCCAGAACUGGAGGUGCCCCAGUCUCACGGGCUCGAGGCGCCAGAGGAUCCGCCCUGGGACUCAUGGCGGCGCCGGUCCGCCUGGGCCGAAAACGGCCGCUGCCGGUUUGCCCCAACCCGCUUUUCGUACGCUGGCUGACCGAGUGGCGGGAUGAGGCGGCCAGCAGGGGGCGUCGCACGCGUUUCGUGUUUCAGAAGGCGCUGCGCUCCCUCAGGCGGUACCCUCUGCCCCUGCAAAGCGGGAGGGAAGCUAAGAUACUCCAGCACUUCGGAGAUGGGCUCUGUCGUAUGCUAGAUGAGCGGCUGCAGCAGCACCUAGCUUCAGGUGGUGAUCGCCUCCGGCAGGAAUGGGAAGAUCCUCCGUUUCCCCCAGAUAACCCAGCUUCUGGCUCAUCAUCUGGAGAGAUGCGUCCAAUCCAGAAAGGGUCACCUGCCCAUGUCCAGGACUCUUCCAUGCCAGUUCUUGCCCAGCCCCAAGCAGGAGGCUCAGGUGGCUACUGGCCAGCUCGGCACUCAGGAGCCCGAGCAGUUCUGCUGGAGCUCUACCAGGAACACUUGAAUCCCGCAGGCCGCAGCUUCCUAACCAAGGAGGAACUGCUGCAGAGGUGUGCCCAGAAGACCCUCAAGGUAGUCCCUGGGAAUGCUCAAUCCUGGCCAGCUCUUCGUUCCCUCCUGCAUAGGAACCUGGUCCUCAGGACACACCAGCCAGCCAGGUACUCACUGACCCCAGAGGGCCUGGAGCUGGCCCAGAAGUUGGCUGAGUCAGAAAGCCUGAGCUUACUGAAUGUGGGCACUGGACCUGAGAAGCCCUGUGGGGAGGAGUCAGCAGUGCCAGGAGCAGCCUCAGCUGAGCUUGGUGCCAGUGAAGGAGGGGUCCAUCAGCCACUGCUGGAGCUGAGGCCUAGAGAGUACAGGGUGCUGUUGUGUGUGGACAUCAGCGAGACCAGGGGGGCAGGACAUAGGCAAGAGCUGCUCCGAGAGCUACAGCGGAUGCAUGUGGCCCAUACAGUGCGCAAGCUGCACGUUGGGGAUUUUGUGUGGGUGGCACAGGAGACCAGGCCCAGAGACCCAGCCAGACCUGGAGAGUUAGUCCUGGAUCACAUUGUGGAGCGCAAGCGCCUGGAUGACCUGUGCAGUAGCAUCAUCGACGGCCGCUUCCGGGAGCAGAAGUUCCGACUAAAGCGCUGUGGUCUGGGGCAUCGGGUGUACCUGGUGGAGGAGUAUGGCUCAGUCCACAACCUUAGCCUUCCUGAGAGCACACUGCUGCAGGCUGUCACCAACACCCAGGUCAUUGAUGGCUUCUUUGUGAAGCGCACAGUAGACAUUAAGGAGUCAGCUGCCUACCUUGCCCUUUUGACAAGGGGCCUGGAGAGACUCUACCAGGGACACACCCUACGCAGCCGUCCCUGGGGAACCCCAGGGGACCCUGAGUCGGGGGCCAGGCCCUCCCCAAGCCCACUCUGCUCACUCCUCACCUUCAGUGACUUCAACACAGGAGCCAUCAAGAACAAGGCCCAGUCUGUGCGUGAGGUGUUCGCCAGGCAGCUGAUGCAGGUUCGUGGAAUCAGUGGGGAGAAGGCAGCAGCCCUGGUGGACCGAUAUAGCACCCCUGCCAGUUCUCAUUGUGCUGGCUCAGAUAGUCAGCCAUCAAAUACCCCAUCCCCAGCCUCCUGGCUGCCUAUGAUGCCUGUGCCACCCCCAAGGAGCAGGAGAUGCUGCUGAGCACCAUCAAGUGUGGGCGUCUGCAGAGGAAUCUGGGACCUGUUCUGAGCAGGACUUUAUCUCAGCUCUACUGCACCUACAGCCCCUUGACUUGAACUGCAACCAGAGCCAGAAGCCAUCUGGCUCCCCUCCCCCCAAACUACCCAGCCUUUUAACCAGGACUUUUGGGGCUACAAUAAAAAUCUUGAUGUGUUUGCA